AUGCCUGCUACACUCACUAACGAGGAUGAGGCCACUAAGACCGUUCUCGAGUCGCUCGGCGAUCUCCCACCCACCUCCUUCCUCGCACCUUCGUCGGACCUUUCGCAGCAGCUUCGCACCGCAGUGAAGGCUCUCUUCGACACCGGAAUGUCCAACCUGGACGCCGCAAAGGACGCCGCACUUGACGCCGCAUCUGGCGGAGGGAAAAAAGGAGCGUCCGGUUUUACCAAAUCACAGUCGUUAGCCCCGGAAAGGAAGCUUCCUGGGCUUUUCGUCGAUGGAUUUGAUUCGGAGCAGAUCUGGUGCCAGCUGGACCUCGCUAUGGCGCCGACACUUCCCCGCAUUCGACGGCGGCUGAAGCGGGCGGAGGAGCUCAUGGAAGGGAAGGCGGGAGGGCGGAAGAAGGCUCAGAAGAAGAGGGCACUCCUAGAUGGCGCCAUGAUCAGAUACGAGGACUUUUUCGGGAGGAAAGCGCCAGAGAGCCACCUGGAAGCGGAUAGGGUGAUGAGGGGCGAAGAGGAGGAGGAUGUGGAGGAUGUUGAGGUGGAGGAGUGGGAUGGGGAGGAGGAGGAUGAGGAGGAGGAGGGGGACGAAGGCGAGGAGGAGGAGGACGAGGAGGGAGAGGAGGAGGAUGAGGAGGAAGGAGGGGAGGAAGGGAAGGCAGUGGUGGAGAGAAGGAAGAAGGGGUUGUUGGAGGAGGAGGAAGAUGAGGGUGGAGAGAAGGAGGACGAGGAGCCCAAGUCAUUGUACGAGAUCCGCCUGGAGCGGCUGAGGAAGCGGAUGCGGCAGCUGGAGGCGGAGAACCUCCACGUGGAGGCGCGCCAUUGGACGAUGCGCGGCGAGGUGACAGCUGGCAGCCGCCCGAAGAACAGCGCGCUGGCGGCCGACCUGGACUUUGAGCACGCCGCCCGGCCGGCGCCCGUGAUUACAGAGGAGGUGACUCAAACGAUCGAGGAGAUCAUCAAGAAGAGGAUUCUCAAUCAACAAUUUGAUGACGUGGAGCGGAAGGCCAAGCCCGUAGCGACACCUGUCAAGGGGAGAUUGGAGCUGGACGACAACCCCAGCGCGCAGGGACUGGCGGAGAUCUACGAGGCUCAGUUCCUCAAGGCGGCUGGUCAGGCCCCUGAGGGCAUGAGCGCCACCGAGGCUAUCAAACACGAGGCAGCCCGCAUGUUCAAGCAUCUGUGCACCAAGCUGGACGCACUCUCACAUUUCCACUUCGCUCCAAAGCCGAUUAUGGAUGACAUUGACGUCACGGCCAACGUGCCUGCCAUUGCCAUGGAAGAGGUGGCGCCAGUGGCGGUGUCAACAGCCAGCAUGCUGGCGCCAGAGGAGGUGUUUGCAGACGGGGAGGAGGGCAUGGGGGCGGCCCUUGCUCUCCAUCUCAUCGCCCCAGUUACUGAUUCCCCUUCUCUCUUCCAAUCCCUUCCCCCUCUCCCCCCCCUCCCCUACUCUCCCCAGGUGGCGCCAGUGGCGGUGUCAACAGCCAGCAUGCUGGCGCCAGAGGAGGUGUUUGCAGGCGGGGAGGAGGGCGUGGGCGCGGGCGGGGGCAGGAGGGGGAGUGCGCGGGGGAUGGUGAAGGGCGAGGGGGAGAUGGAGCGGGAGGACCGGAAGCGACUGCGCAGCAAGCUCAAGCGCAAGUGGAAGGGAGAGAAGGCCGAAGACCAGAAAAGCUCACAGGCAGUCCCUGGCAUGGCAUCUGGUGCGGGUGGUGCUGCUGCUGGCAGUGUUGGGCGCAAGAUACGGGUGGUGGAGAGGGGGCAGCAGAAGCAGGGCCUAUCAGAUUUCACCAACUCAGCAAAGGUCUUCACACACAUCCAGGACAUCAGAGUAUCUGGCAGCAAGAAGCAGCGGGCGGCAGCGCCAUCUCAGCACGAGCCGCAGCAGAUUCGGGCGGCGGCACUGAAGCUGUGA